UGGAGCGGGGGGCCGGGCCGGGCUUCUGGAGGUGGUGGCGGCGGGGGCACAUCUCCCCCCCCCCGCCCGCAGGCUGGGAGGUGGCUGCCGCUGUGGCCUAGCCUGGGCCGCGCGGUGUUAAACCCCCGGCCACGUCCCCGCCAAGCCCUGACCUGCCGCCGGGGCCCGGCUGCGAGCCGCCCGCCUCCCCCGGGCACCGUCCUGCUGCGGGCGGCACCCCGCGUUUGCCGAGAGCUCGGGUUGCUGCCGGGCGCUGAGAGUCUGAGUUACAGUGUCUCAAGGCGGAAGAGCCCGCGAGAUCGUCUGGUCUGUGGCCCAGGCCGCCAUCAGCACCAGGCUGCUCCCUCGCUGUAGGGGCUGGAAAAGCGGAGCCGGGUUCCUGCCCCAAGGAGCCUGCAGUCUAAACACUUGAGCCUGACACCGCUAGACCUGGCUUGCAGGAGUGGGUUAUCGGGCCCCCACAUAAACAACAACACAGAUCCCUACUGUAUAGUUCACAGCCCUUCUCAAAUCCCAUCUUGAAGUCCACGUUUUCCUUGACACCCACAAGAAAUCAGCCAGUUAAUGAAUAGUGGGCUGGCAGCAGGACUCAGAAAUUACAAGUUGUGCUCAUAGAUUAUAUUGCAGGCCAGAAAACUGACUGCUGGAGCAUCAGAAAUUUCCUGAUCCAAACCCACAAUCUCCAGGGUAGCAGAUAAUAAAAAUAUAUCAUGGACACAUUUUCUUAAUACCUCUGCCAAAAAUUGCAGAAAAUUUAUAUAUUUAUAAACUAGUGUGUAUCUGCUAUCUUGUGCAGCAAGGAGCCUGGAAUUCAAUCUGCUGGAAUAGGACAAUGGCCUCUACGUCCAGUUGAAAUAAAGGGAAUGUGUUCUCACUUGUGAUGAUAUGACAUUAUAAACCCUUCAUUAACCAUGAUGGCAACACAGACAUUAAGUAUAGACAACUAUCAAGAUGGACAAAUGCAAGUAGUAACCGAGUUAAAAACUGAACAAGACCCAAACUGCUCUGAAACUGAUGCAGAAGGAGUGAGUCCUGCCCCUGUAGAAUCUCAGACGCCAAUGGAUGCAGACAAGCAGGCCAUUUACAGGCACCCACUGUUUCCAUUAUUAGCACUAUUAUUUGAAAAAUGUGAACAAUCUACACAGGGCUCAGAAGGCACUACCUCUGCUAGUUUUGAUGUAGAUAUUGAAAAUUUUGUAAGGAAGCAGGAGAAGGAAGGAAAACCUUUUUUUUGUGAAGAUCCAGAAACUGAUAAUUUAAUGGUAAAGGCAAUCCAGGUUCUACGUAUUCAUCUGCUUGAGCUAGAAAAGGUUAAUGAACUCUGCAAGGAUUUCUGUAGUCGUUAUAUUGCCUGUCUGAAAACUAAAAUGAACAGUGAAACUCUACUAAGUGGAGAACCUGGAAGUCCUUAUUCACCUGUACCAUCGCAGCAAAUUCAAAGUGCCAUUGCAGGCACACUGAGUCCCCAAGGGAUUAUGGUGCCUGCAUCAGCAUUGCAGCAGGGAAAUGUAACUAUGGCAACAGUAGCAGGUGGUACAGUGUAUCAGCCAGUCACUGUGGUCACUCCACAAGGUCAAGUAGUGACACAAGCACUGUCACCGGGGACAAUUAGGAUCCAGAAUUCACAGGAUAAUACUGCAAGAGAACUUCCACCACUACCGCUGCAGCUUCAGUUACAGUUAAACCAAGAUCUAAAUAUCUUGCAUCAAGAUGAUGGCUCGUCAAAAAAUAAGAGAGGGGUUCUUCCAAAGCACGCUACUAAUGUGAUGAGAUCUUGGCUCUUUCAGCACAUAGGGCAUCCAUAUCCAACAGAAGAUGAGAAAAAGCAGAUUGCAGCCCAGACAAAUCUGACACUACUGCAGGUUAACAAUUGGUUUAUCAAUGCUAGAAGACGAAUUCUUCAGCCAAUGCUGGAUUCCAGCUGUUCUGAAACUCCAAAAACAAAGAAAAAAACAGCUCAAAACAGACCAGUUCAGAGGUUCUGGCCUGAUUCCAUUGCAUCAGGAGUUGCUCAGCAGCAAUCUAAUGAACUUACAAUGUCAGAUGAGUGGAAGAGCCAGACUUGUUACAUGGGGCCUCCUGACUCUCCACGCUGUUCUCAUUCCUGCAGACCACCCUGCCUUACUGCCCAAGGAGCUGUUGUAACAAUUACAGCUCCGGUCAACAUGAAUGUAGACAGUCUCCAGUCUCUGUCAUCUGAUGGUGCUACUUUGGCUGUUCAGCAAGUUAUGAUGGCAGGACAAAGUGAGGAUGAAUCUGUGGAUAGUGGUGAAGACGAUGGAGCAGACCUCUCAACAACAAACAUCAGUGGGCUUGUUUUGGAUAACAGUGAUUCUCUGCAGUAGGAAGCAAGAGAAUGUGACAAAAUAUGUAGGAAAAUGAAUGGACUGACUGACUGUUUUUAUAGUUUGCACAGCAAACAUUUUACACAAGUUUUAUUUCUAAUAUGUUUUAUAUGUAGAUAUAGAAGGGUGCACUUUUUUGUAUUUCAUAGUAAGCUUAAAGAGUGUCUUUGCAGGUGCAGCAACUUCUUUCAAAUGUGUUUUUUGAAUUUUGAAGAGGGGUUGGGUUUGUUUGGUUUUUUUUAAUUACAAAAAAUUGCAUCUAGUAAUAUAAUGACCACAUAAAUGCCCCUUUUGUUCUCUCAUUAGAUUGAAAGUGCUACAAUUUCUAAAGAAUUAUGCAGUUUCAAUUAGACCUGUUUAACACAGCUCUUGGUUGACUAACGAUGUAAAUUCAAAGCAUGUGGCACUUGAUCAUUAAGUUAGACACACAUUUGAAAGAUGCCUCUGCACCUUAAAAACUGCCAGUCUGAGGUGGGCAACAACACACACCCACAAAGAAAAUGGAGAUGUGUGAUUCAGUAGCGAAUGUAUGACAGUUUAAAUAAGUUUAAUUUCUCUCAUAGUCAGUGAGCUUGUUUAUCAUUUGCUAUAAAAACUCCUAUUUUUACCUUGGCGGGAUUAUUGGAUAAAAAAAAUAUUUUUAUAAAUUCAGUAGGAAUUGGAAUGACAACUGUAUUGAGCAUGAGAAAAAAAAAUUUCCAGAAGGGGAAAAUAAAUGUUUAGUAUUCCUAUUUGGAAGGUUCUGAAAAUUUGACCAAAUUUAAUAAACAUGCCUAAUGCUAGUGUUCCAUGGUUCUCUGCUAUCCCAUAGUGGUAUAGUAUAUUUGAUAAUAGCAUAAGAAGGGCCCACAGUUUGAUGGGAUUUUGAUAUUGUCAAACUUUGAUUUAUAUAUGUGUAAACUAAUGCUCAAAUUACAUUUAACUCUGUAUCUAAACUUGUAUCUGAAGAUAUUUGCUAAAUAAGUAUUCAGGUAAGUAAGUACAAUUAUCCACAAAAUUUCUAGUAAUCAACAGAGAAACUUAAUAGUUUAUGUUUUUUCAGUCUGAUUUUUAAAAAUGAAAAACUGACUGGCUAGUUUUUCCACCCCAGUUAUAUUAUUGAAUUUGAAAUUUUUUUCCACAUACAAAAAAUAUAAUUUAUGGAUUAUAUAAAGAAUCUUUUCAAAUACAAACAUCACUACCAGAAUUUACAACAGGCUUGUAAAAAAAAAAAUCCUUGUGUGUCUUUUAACAAACUCAGAACUAGUGAUGAAAAUAGAUUUUUCUGUGAUAAUGGUUAAUUUCAGUUUAUCCACAGAUCUUGAGUUGUGUAUUAUUUCUGAACACCUGUUAUUGACACUUCAUGCUGAAAAAGUUGGUCUUUCCCCAUUGUUAAGUGCAAGUAACAGUAGACUCAAGAAGUCUUGUAGCAGGACAGUGUGAAAAAAAGGAGGGUGCUUCCUUCAAAUGUUAAGCACUAUUGAGCAAAGCACUUAGUUAUAUGCUUAACUGUAAGCACCUACUUAAAGCCAUUCCUGUUCCACAAAAUAUCCAAGCAUGUGCUUCGAUCCCGUUGACUUCAGUGGGGUUAAACCAUGUACUUGAAAUUAAACACAUGCUUAGGUGCUUUGUUGAACUGGGGCUUUAAAGUCUGCCUUACUGAGCAAUUUAUAGGCAGCAUGAAGAGAGACCUUGACAGGAGAUGCUAAAAAUUGUUACAUGUACAUAGAAGGCAAAUUUAUUUUUCAGAGGUUACCAUUAAAAAACCUUGUUUUACUGGCACUGGGCUACACUCACCACUAGCAUAAGCAGCUGACUUCGCUACUGUAGCACCUACUUAUGCCUGUGAUGAAUUGGGCCUGUUGACUCAACUGCAGUAAUGAGGCAUUAUUAUGGUUAGAAUUAUUAAAGUAUUUGUUUUAAUCUAUCUUCUCUGUUUUUGCCUCUAAUACCCUUUCCAUAUGUACUGAGCAAUUUAAAGAAAAUACUAAGAGUGUAUAAUGAAAGAUUGAAUUAUGAGAACUGGUAUAAUGUAAUUGAUUUAAGGCAUACCGACAAGUCCAAUUUGACCCAAAAAUUAAAAGGGCACAGUCAACUUUAAAAAUCAAACUCCAGUAUGAAGACAUUUUGCCUGCUAUUGUUACAAGCAAUACCUAAGAUGAAUAUAACUGACAGAGAUUGGAAGCAAAAAUACUUUUCUCUAUCUUUUCAAUUUGUUUACCGUUUGCUUCUGCCAGCACUUUAUUUUCAGUGUUUCCAUGCUAGAGCCAUUUUUUCCUAUUGUACUGUGUAUGUUUUUCAUACAACAGAAGGUGAGAGGAAAAAUAUUUUUAGGGCUAGAUUCAGCCAACUUUGUUCAUGUUUAGUAGCAGUUGAAGCCACAGAGCUGUAAAUACUUACAUAUGUGAGUAGAAUAAUGUAUUGCUUAGUACGAGCAAAACUGGCAAAACUGAGUCCUCAGAAAAUAGGAAAAUGUGAUUUUUUGGCAGGGGGACUUAGGUAGGUGUACUACCUGAAACUUUUAACUCAGUUGAAAAUAAGUAGAUUUCAAGUUGACAAUGUCCCUUUUGAUUUUAUGAAAGCAAGCUCGUACAAAUCAUUACACCAAUUAAAAGUGUUUCCUUGGAUUUUUUCCUUAGUUCUAGCGGAAAUAUAUAUAUUUAUAUUCAGUAGAAUAAGAAAGCGUUCUUGCUGGUGGUUGCAGCGUUUAUCCAAUGCAUAAGUACCUGGAAUGUGAAAUUGACUGGAAAGUUACUAGUGACAAAAGAAAAUGGAGUAAACCAUUUUUAAUGUCAGUCUCAAGAAAACUGCAAAAAGUAAACUAUAUUUAUAAAAUUACUUCAGUUUUAAUAAUCAAAGGUACUAUUUAACAAACUAUGGGGCCCAAAUUUUUUCAAGGACUGACGUCUAACAACUAAAACUGCAACAUUUAAAACGAAAUCAUGGAAACUGUGCAAAAUUAAAACAGAUGCACUUGAUUAUAAUUAAGUUAAUUUAAGUUACUAAUGAUUCAAUUUUUGGUACCAAACCUGCUUGGGAGCAAUUAAUGAAUAAUUAUUCAGUCUAUGCAAGAUUAAAUUACCCCUCCGCCCAUAACUGUGGGAUUUAUAGGUACGCUAUUGUUGUAUUUUUGGUCUUCUUUUAUUUUUGAUAAUCAUUCAGACAAAACAUUCACCAAAAAUUCAGCUGGGUUUAAAGUUGACUAGGCAAAAUAUAAUUCGGAAAGCAUGUUGGAAAUAUAAGUAACCUUCAUUCCCUUGUGAAAAUCUAAGAUGUUAACACUAGUGAAACAUAUUUCUAUUUCUAAACAAUUUCUGCCUCUGCCAUAGUAAAUAUAAUGCAUUCAGACUGUAAUCAUCUCCCCCAAAAAGUAAAGCUAGCCAAGAAAAAAUCAAUGAGAAUGCAAGUUUAACUGUAGUAUUCAAAUGAACAAAGUAAAACCUAAACAGGUAUUACUUCUGAAUUGUUAAAUGUAUUGCUGAAGAGUACUCCUGGAAACAUUUAGGACUUGACUGAACUUUGUUGUUGUUUCAUUGUAGAUUGAAUAGCUAGAUUGGCUUUGCCAAACCAAUUUGAUUUUCUAGGCUUGCUAAACUCUUUCAAGUAUUUUAUUUUUCACAUUAUAAAAUAAUUUUACUUAAUUAUCCAACAUGAAAUCGAAUGAAAGAUGGCGCAAGUAUGCUGUUAAAAGAUCACUCUAACCAUGUCAUUUGGUUACCUGUGCAACGUGGAAAUAUAAAUGUUGUUCUGCUCUGUAGUUCUGUAGGAUCUACUGAAUAAUCACACUUUUUUUUUUUUGACUGUGUGAGAGAGCGUGCCUUUUUACAAACUUACUAACCUUGUAGUCUACUGUCAAAAUAUUUACCUAAUGUUAUUAGAUACCCAUGUUUUCAGAUAGUGACAGAAAUGACCCUCAAUCUUCCACUGUUUUAGCAACAUUUGUUCUAUAAAACUGACAAUCUUUAAAAUGUGAACACUGUACAUUUAGCUUUUCUUGGACAGUUGUCUUUAAAGAGAUAUUGUGAAGCAACUGAUCUAUCAAAGCAAAGAAAAAUUAAAAAUCAGAACAUGCUUCAUGGAUGAUGGAUUUUUACAUGAACAGUCUCAAUGAAUGGAAAAAGCAUGCCUUGUCUUUAAACUUGAAGCAUUCACAUUGCUUUAAUUAUAUUAGCAUUAUUUAGUUCAACAUCAGUCAUAUUUUCAGGAAUCUGUAAAAUAGCUGGAAAAUAUCAUAUCAGACUAGUUACCCAAGAUUUUUGUCUGGGAUAGUUUUUUGGCCUGUUUUGUUUUAUUUACCCAAAUACAGAAAAAAUGGUUUACUAGUUCUUAAUGUUUUGGGUGGGAGAGGGGGACUGUGAUUUUGCAGUGCAAAAGCCAUUUUGAGGAAUGAAAGACUUAUCAGGUAGUUAGUCUAUGAUAUGUGUUCUUUGUUUUUGUGGCUCUGAAAUUGUUAAUUAAAAUGGCAUGGACAUUGAACUUCCAAAAAGUGGCUUCCAGGCAUGUACAGUAACUGCUUUUUCAAAACAUUUUCAGAAGGAUUUUUUCUGUGCAAUGCAGUACAAGUCCUAUGUGCCAAUUUGUCUUUUCAAAGGCAGAUAGACUGUAAUGGAUUUCUAGAACUAUCAUGCUCUAUUAGAUCAGAAAUCCUCACUGUAAAAAGCAGAUAAGCUUUUUAUGUGAUUACAGUUGCAUUUUCUCCAAAGUCAUUACUUGGACGGAUAUGUAAUUAUAAGUUCAUAAAAAUAUUUUCAAGGACAACAAAGAUUUUAUGAUUACUCUGCAACUCUGGUAUGUGUCCAUGAGAGAGAGAGAUUGUGUUGGUCACACUUCAUACUAGGAAUACAUUUAUAAAUGGUUAAUAAAGGGUUAAUGAUUAUAAUAGAUGUUAUAGACAUAAGUAGUAUGUUAUAAUAGUUGGUCUUAGACACAUCAGUAUUUUAUUAUGUCUUUAAUGUGACAUUGAAACCACAGAUUUAAAGCUGUCAUGACAAUAAUUAAACUUACAAUAACCACCUAGCAGCACAGCAUAAUUACAAAUCAAUUAACUCCACCAGCCUUCCCUAAUGAAGGGCAGGUAACAAUGUACAUCAGAUGAAGACUACAAAUUAAAAAAAAAAAUCUGGAAAAAAAUCUUUCAACCACAGAUCAUGGACAUACAUCCUCAUCCUUCCCUCAAAAAACUUACAAAUGGCUUUACUAGAAGGUGAUAGAAAUGGCUCUAAGCAAUCUAUUUCUUUCUUGAUACUAAAACAAUUGAUUAACCACUUAUUAAGUAUAUAAUAAGCCUUUAUUAACCCUUUUGUAAACAGUUUAUAAAUGCACCUUUUAAUAUAAAGUCAGAUUUUUUGAAAAAAACCUGACACUUAAUAAAAGAAAACAUGCAAACAAAAAGGUUAAAAUAACCCUCUCACUUGAACUGACACAAGUCAUAAAAUCAGAGUUCUGCCAAAUGCCUGGUCCAUCCCCCAUUUAAUAGUGAUAUUGUAGGACAAUGCAAGUGCUCAGUACUACAUUCCUGGCAUACUCAAAAUCCUACUGAAGUCAGUGGGAAUUUUAAGUGUGCAAGGCAUUCAGGAUCCGGCCUGUUGGCUGUUAAAUUACCUACUGUUGGGAAACCCCUGCAAAAUCUAGAGCUGGGACAAUAGGCCAGAUCCCAACUUUACUUCUUAAAAGAUUAAUAAUGCAAAUGAAGCAUGAUCCAAAGCCUACUGAACUCACUGAAAAAUCUCCCAUUGAAUUAAAUGGACUUUGAUUCAAGCCUAUUGUUCCCUUGACUUCAGCUGGGCUAUUCACACAAGACACAGGAGAUUAGAAUAAUUUCCAGCCUUCUUUCUCUAUAUAUUGGUUUGAGUUAGUUUCUGGCAGACCCUGAAUGUUGCUUAAAGUAGGUUUUGUGUGACAUUAGUAUUAAAAUAAAAACGUCACAUUGGAGAUGAGAGGAGAUUUUUGUCUCGAUCCAAAUUUCUUUCUGCUUUAUGGGGUUUUUUACUCGUGAAAAGUUUGCAGAUUAUACUGAUGGUCCCUGGUGAAAUUGGGUAUUUCUUGCAUAUAGUACUUAAUCUGCAAAAGAAAAUGAACAGCAUUUAAUCAUAGGGGGGAAAAACCAAUCGGAUGCUGCAUUUUGUUUUGAUGUUUAUAUAAUAUAUAUAUACUUCUAAUGUGGAAUACAAUUCUGUUACAAACCUUCGCUGGUCUUGCAGUCCUUAACCUCUAUUAAUUUGUGUGUGAGUAAACAUGUGUCAAUACAUCUCUGCUAUGUCAACUAUUUCAGCCACCAGUCUGGAGCAGGUAUAGUGUCUUGGAGAUCUUUUAUACUUAGAUUAAUCUGUUUUAAGCAUUUUUGACAUAAAACAGUGUGCAUGUUUUCUUCCAAAUAUUAAGGAAAAAAGAUUUUCAAAGAUGACAAGGGGAUUUAUCUGCAUCACUUCUAUUAAUUUCAGUGGGUGUGUUAUAGCUAAAUUGCCUAGUCAGCUUUGAAAAUCUUAAUCAAAAAGACUAUAAUACUAUAGUUCUGAUCUUCAGAUGUGUUCACCUGAAUAGAAGUUGUGGAUACAGAGCACAUCUCAAGGUCAGGCUCUUUCAUCAGAGAAUAUAAUAUCUGGAAAAGACUGACAGCAGUCACAGCUAUAAGUAUAUUCAUGUAAAGGUUUAACAGGUGUUCAGGUAAAAAAAAUAUGGCCCAGAGAUGCCAGACCUUUGGAGAGAGAAGCUAAUUUAGAUAAGCUGCCUGGAAACCUUGUGUUUUUUUGAGAUGUUGUGCAUGUACACAUUCCAUGACCCUCCCACCUUCCCCACUACUUCAGACAUUACAUACAGCGGUGGGAAGGAACAGAGAGGGAGGCGGAAGACACACCUCUUGUAUGUUCUUGCCUGAGAGCAUCAGGAGAGCAGGAGCACAUGCACCACCUUGUGGUACUGCUGGCAAAAGUCUCUGACUUGAGUGUAUUGGGAACACAUACACCUGCAGUGGAAUGUAUAUGUGCACAACACAUUUCAAAGAACAUUUACUGUACGUAAGUAACUGGUUUGGCAGGUAGCUUUGAUUUGUCCAUUGACAUGCUGAAAGAACACACAAUAAGUUUCCACUCCUUAGUAGUUCACUUUAAUGUUUCAUAGUUUUAUGUAACAGGAAUUUAGGGGGUUCAUGUUAAAAGGAGAGUGACAAGUAGUAUAGGUUCAAAACUUGACAUACCUUAAUAUUGUUGCACUCUGGUGAAGAAAACCC